GUUGGGCUGAUCUACCCACCGCCAGAUAUCCGCGGAGUCAUUGACAAGACCGCGCAAUUCGUGGCAAAAUGCGGUGAGGGUUUCGAGCAGCGUGUGCUCCGCGAGCAGAACCACACUAAGUUCGCAUUCCUGCUGCCCAACAAUCCUUACAGGCCAUACUACGAACACAAGGUCAAGGAGUUCAAGACUGGUGUGGUGGAGGAGACAAAGCCAGAAGUUCCUCAGGCCAUCAUUGAUCAGAAGGCCAAGGAAGAUGCAAAGAGGCUCAAAAAGGAGCAACUGAAGGCCCUCACUAUGGGCGAAAAGAGAAAGAAGCAAGUGAAGCCGCCACCGCCUGACCAGUACGUAGUCAAUCAUCCCUACAUUGCACCCAUGGACACAGAUAUCAUCAAGUUGACGGCGCAGUUUGUUGCCCGCAACGGCCAGAAGUUUCUGAUUGGGCUGACGCAGCGAGAAAGCCGUAAUCCGCAGUUCGAUUUUCUCAAGCCAACACAUGCUCUCUUCGGCUACUUCACGUCUUUGGUGGAUGCUUACACGAAGUGCCUAAUGCCUAACAAAGACGAGGUAGAGAAGCUGAAGAAGUGCACUGGCAACCCCCAAGAGGUGAUUGACAAGGCUAUGGCGCGAUUUGCGUGGGACGAGCAGGAGGAAGCCAAUCGGGUGAGCCGAGAGGAAGAAGUGAAGGAGGAGAAGGAGCAGAUGGCACAAAUUGACUGGCACGAUUUUGUGGUAGUGGAGACGAUUGAGUUCACUGCAGAAGAUGAUACUUUGCAGCUUGCAGCACCAAUCGAUCCUUCGACCCAUGCUCCGAAAGGAGCGCCAGCACCUCUUGAGCAAGCAGGCACAAUGUUCGCAGAGGCGAAGAUUGAGAAGCCAGUAAAGGGUGUGGAGGAGGAAGUCAGGGAGGAGCCGGCUGUGGAUCUGGAAAAGGAGGAAAGGGAAAGGAGAGAGCGAGAAAUGGCAGAGCAACGGGAACGUGAAGAACGUGAAAGAGAAGAGCGGGAGAAGGAGGAAAGGGAAAGGCAGCAGAGGGAGGAAGAAGAAAUGGUCCCCGAGGAGGAGCCUCUGGACAUGGAGCCGGAGAUUCCUCUUCCCAUGCAGGAGCCCGAGAUGAAAGUGCGCAAGGACUACGUCCGACAGAAGAAGGGAAGCGCUCAGCGGUUGAUGCAGCGCUGUCCCAUCACAGGCCAGCUUAUCGCUGCAGAGGAGAUGUCCAACCACUUGAAGGUGCUCCUGCUGGAUCCAAAAUGGAAGCAUCAGAAGGAUGCCCUGGUGGAGCGUGCCAGGAAAGAGUCUGCCUUUGCAGAUGACGUGGAGGCAAACUUGGCGAGCUUCGUGGCUAAAAGGCCCGACUUGUUCGGUACGGUUGAGGAGGAGAUUCGAGAGGCGGCAGAGGCAGGUGCAGAAGCAGCAGCACGAGAUGCUGGUGCAGAUGCUGGUCCGGCGCAUACAAUGGUCCCCCCGACGGCCUACGAUGCAGGAACAGCUCAAAAGGCUCUGCCUUCAAAGCCCGGAGCUCCCGGUUCCUCGGCGCUGCCUGCUCCGUCGAUGCCUGCCCUCCCUGGUGGACAGCAGGGACCGAUUGCAGGCGUGUCCACGAUCAACGCUAGGUUGCCUCAGGCAUCACUUGUCAAUCAGCCGAUGCAGGGCGGAGCGCCACCUGGCAUUCGCCCGCCGGGAAUGUCAGCUGGCAGCGCAGGUCCUAUGGCGCUCGCUGACGAUGACGAAGAUGAUGAGCCAAACGCAAAAAGACCGCGACUGGACGACGGAAGCCUCCAAGCUGAAGAUACAUGGGUGGCAAAGUAUCCAGUGCCGAUACCGGUGAUCGUGCAGGUGAACCUUGGUGCUGAUGCGCUGGCUGCCGGUAUCCAGCCCGCCAUCCCCAUGGAAGUGUCUGUACGCAACAAGGUGCAGGAGUUAAAGGGUAUGCUGGUGUCGAAGGUGUCAGCUGCCGGAGUGGGCGUGGCAGACAUGAAGCUCAAGGCGUCCAACCCAGGCUAUAUCCUGAAGAAUGCACACACGCUCGCGUUCUACAACAUUGGGCCUGGAAGCAUCAUCGAACUCUCCAGAAAAACUCGCGGUGGCAAGUGA